GGGAUCUAGGGGAGGCCAGGCAGAGCAGGGGCGGGGCUUCUUUCCGGUUCCGGGGUCAGCACGCACCACUGGGGUUGCGUCCUACCCUGACAGGCCCGUGCCCCGAGGCGCCUCGAGGUAUCCUCGCGGCAGAUUCCUCCCUGUCUGAUUCCACCGCGCCAUGGCUCCCAAACCCCGCAACCCAGCCAAUCCCAAGGAGGCCGAGCGCUCCGCGCUCCCCGGGCGCCGCCUCUCCAAGGCCGAAGACUGGCUAGCCUGCCCUGCUUUAGGCCCCGGUUGGAAGCGGCGGGAGAACUUUCGGAAACGGGGAGCCACCUGCGGGCUCUCCGAUACUUAUUACAUGAGCCCCACCGGCAAGCGCAUUCGCAGCAAGGUGGAGCUGGCGCGCUUCCUGGGCCCAGACUGGGACCUCAGCACUUUUCACUUCAAGCUCGGGGUUCUGCAGCCGUCGCCUGCGCGGGCACGGCGAAGACAGGGUAGGCCCAGAAAAAAUACAGCGCUUUCCCCCACAGAGCAGCCCGAGCCUGAGCGGCCCCUGACCGAAGCCCCUGAGGCCGAGGUCAUGGCGCCCCGGGACGCUGCCGAGGCUCCCUCGCGUGACCUUAUCGAGGUUCCCCCGACUGACCUCGCUGAGGCUCCCCCCGGUAACCGUGUCGAGGCUCCCCCAGAUGACUGUGUCGAGGCUCCCCCGGGUGACUCUAUUGAGGCUUCUCCUAGUGACCGUGUCGAGGUUCCCCCGAGUGACCGCGCUGAGGCUCCCCACAGUGACGGGGCGGGCUCGCAACAACGGCGACCUCAGCGGCGGCGGCGGCUUCAGGCCCCGUGUGGAUGCUGCGGAGCCCCCAAAAUUCCCUUUUCUGGCGAGUGGAGGAACUCGGGAAAACGCGCAUCUUUCGAGCUGCCUAUGAACUGCGUCUGCUCCAACGUUGCUGCUGCCUCAGCCUGCUCAGAUAUCGACUCCUCGCCGAUCACCUCCUCGGCCAACGCCAUCACCUUGUCGGCCACGGCGGCCUCCAAGUCCCACAGCCUCAAGGUGGUAAAUCGGGCCCCUGCCAUCAAUGAAGCCUCUGGGGCUGCAGCCUCCAAGCCCCGGAGCCUCAAGGAGGUAAAUCGGGGCCCUGCUGCCAGCGAAGCCUCCUCGGCUGCAGCCUCCAAACCUCAGAGCCUCAUCACUGAAGUCUCUGGGACUGCAGCCUCCAGGCCCCAGAGCCUAAAGGCAGUAAAUUGGAGCCCCACGGUUACUGAAACCUCUGAGGCUGCAGCCUCCACUACUGCUACCCCAGCCUCCAAGCCGCGGAGCCUCAAGGUGGUAAAUCGGGGCCCUGCAGCCAGUGAAGCCUCCGCUGCUCUACCCUCUAAGCCCCGGAGCCUCAUCACAGAAGCCUCUGCCACUGCAGCUCCCAAGCCCCAGAGCCUAAAGGCAGUAAAUUGGAACCCCACCAUCACUGAAGCCACUGGGGCUGCAGCCUCAGCUGCCCCAGCCUCUAAGCCUCGGAGCCUCAAGGCAAUAAAUCAGGGCCUGGCUGCCAGUGAAGCCUCCACUGCUGCAGCCUCUGCUGUCUCCAAGCUGGGGAGCCUCGAGGCUGUGACUCGGGAUCUCGCAGCUUCCGCAGCUGCUGCCCCAGCCUCCAAACUCCGGAGCCUCAAGGUGGUAAAUCAGGGGCCGGCUGCCAGCGAAGCCUCUGCUGCUGCAGCCUCUAAACCCGGGAGCCUCGAGGGGGUCCAUCGAGGCCCAGCUGCUGCUGCUGCAGCCUCACAACCCCAGGGCCUUGAGGCUGUGACGCCAGGCCCCACAGCCUCAGCUGCUGCUGCAGCUACUGCUGCGGCAACCUCCUCAAAGCCCGGGAGCCUCAAGGUGGUGCCUGGGCGCUCAGGCUGUGGUCUGUGUGCUGGCUGCCAAUCGCAGGAAGACUGUGGCCAGUGCUGGAUUUGUGUACGGGAGGGGAAGCCGGGCCUCAUCCGCCGCUGGCGGUGCCUCAGGCGGCGCUGCCUACAGAAACACCGGAGGAAGAGACCUAAGGGCUUGGGUACUAGGAAGCCCCCAGGCAGACACCGGCCAGCCCAGCAGCUGCCUCCUCUGACCCAAGCUGUCAACCCAGUGGUCACGGCAGUCACCACCAAUCGCUGCCACUGGGGCCAGCGGCGGAGCCGGAAAUGCGGGGCUUGUGCCGCCUGCCUUAGACUGGUAGACUGUGGCGAGUGUGACUUUUGCCUGGACAAACCCAAGUUUGGUGGUGGUAACCAAAAACGCCAAAAAUGCCGAUGGAGGCAGUGCUUGAAAUUUGCUCUUAAGCGUCUAUUACCGGCUAUUCGAAGCAGUUCCUCUGAGGAGAGGCUAGCUCUUGCUCUGCGCCAGCCCCCUCGCUUUAGGAAGGGGACUUUUGGUAACUGGCCUUUCCGUUCAGGCUGGGCCAAAUCUAGGGGUCACCAGAGUGAGCCCCGAAGCAGGAGGCUCCAGCAGAGGAAGCCCCCUGUGCUGAAGGAAGACUUGGAUACUGACUUUAUACAGCCACAAGAGACUAAUUUGGUGGUCCUGGAAGGGGGUGAGACUGUCGCCAUGCUUGGGCCCAAUGCCAAGUCAGAGGGUUCCCCACUUCCUGCCCUUGACAGCAUCCACCUAGAAGAGUAUGAAUCUCUAGGACUUGAGACUUUCAAUACCUCCCCUCAGUUGAAGGAGGAGGUAAACAGCUUUGGGUCCCAGUCUCCAGAAACUACAUCACCAUCUGUGAACUUCUUUCCUGAACAGCACAGCAAGGAAACUAGUGACUCCCAGUCACAGCAGUCAGUGAAAGAGGAGGAAGACUUGGGAGAAGAGGAAGAUACAAGAAUCCCAAAAGUCAUGGAGAUCUGUAGUCUGGACAAGCCCCGCAGCACAGCAGCAGGACUCUUUGGAACCCUGGACAGUGUCCUACAGGAAUUUCUGGUAGAACUGAAUGAAUUACCACUGCCUGCCCACUGGGAGGUGCUGCCAACAAGGGGACCAGACCUGUGCCUCAUCCAGCGGUCCAUCUUGUCCACUGUGGCUGCUGCAGUCAUCCAUAUCCAACCAGGCCUGUACUUCCGUGUGGUGGUACGGGAUGUCCCAGUACCACCCACCCAUGAACUCUAUGCUGCCCACCCAUUACGAAUCACCACUGUGGAUGAGGUGAUAGAGCUCAUCUGCAACCUAGAAGCCUACCGCCUGUGUCCUGGUUGGCCUAACAGCUGGCAUUUGGGCCAGCGUUCUCCACGCUGCGAUGUUCUAGUCUACGAGGGCCGUUGCCCGUACUGCUGCCGGAAGCCUUGGCCUUUGGGGAGGAAGCAGUAGCUGAGCGCCCUUUCACCCUGCCUUUUCCUUGGGUUCCUAUGCACUGAGUUGGCCCAAGGGCCCCAUUCCCUACCUCUUUCCCCUAUGUUGCGUAGGAGAGUCUGUCAGUCUGCACUGGAAAGGCUGAGGCGAGGGCAAACAUUCCCUCUACCAGCCUCCCCCCACCCACCCCCCAAGAGCCAGCAUUUACCCAUCUUCUACCUCACCUCUCUCCCAUUGAGGACUAGUCUGAAGGGUCCCCAUUUGAUUCUCCUUUGCUUCUCCACCCCCACCCAACAAAUAGACGGCAUAUUCCUCCUCUCUCUGACUCCAUCUCAGGGACAUGGGCUGGGACCACAGAGGGGAGUGAAGAAUAGGGGGCAGCUCUGAGAUUUGCUGGGAGUCAUGUAGUCUUGGCCCUGGCUUUAGAAAUUUUAUUGUAGAUUCUGGAAGAGAGAGCAUUCUGCACUUGGUGGGCAGGAACAAGCACUACUGACUGAAAUUGCUAGAGUAGAUGGGGAGAAUCCUGCAAGAGAAAAGGGAUGCCCUCUUCCAUUCAUUCCUCUGCUGUACUUCCCACCUUAUCCUUGCCCAUGCACCCAGAGGCUGUGUCAGAGAGAAACAGUGAUUUUUUUAAUGUUUCAGUGACCUAUGUAGACAGCUCUGCUCCUAACCUGACUUUGUUGUUUUUAUCUUUUGUGUUUUCUUAAAAAAAGAUUCCUUCAUCCAUGUCCACCCCCCAUAGAGGUAUCAAAAAUAAUUCAACAAUUUCCAAGUUUCAAAAAGACAAAGUCUGGAAAGCAGAAAACCCUGUAUGAUACAGGUCCCAUGCCACUCCAGAAUCCCUCACUACCUCAAGCCAAAGUGUUUUAUGUAGUCAUAGUUCUGCAAAUAUAUCUCAAGCCCCCUUCCAGUGUAUGGUCUACUAGCAGUUCAGGGACCAUGAAUGAGAUAGUAAAGAUUUUUAAGACAGAAUUGCAAGUAUAUAACAAAUCCCCCAAUCACAAAGGGGUGUCAUUUCCUAUGUAUUCUGAUAGUAUUAGGUAAAAAGCAAUUCCUGGACAAUUCAUGUUCCUAAGGAGUGUAUCCCAGCUAGAAUACCUCUCUUACUUCCUACUCUAUGGGUCACCAUUGCUUUAUUCCACCUUCACAAUAUAAUAUUUUUUGAUUCCCUGACUAAUAGCUACUGCUGAUACUAUUUAUUCCUCAAAGGGGAGGUUAAUAUUCUUUUGUGAAACUGCCCAGCCAACAUUCCUGGGGCUAAUCAACAUAUUUUCAGCUCUUUUGUUAGGCGCCCAACCAUGCCCAACUGGCACACCAAAUCGAUUCUCAGGUCUGUCAGGACUUACUGUUCAACCACAUUCUCCACUCAACUGGAAGUUCCCCACUUGCCUACAACUCCUGUCAAGUUCUUGACAGGUAAGUCCAAAGCCAUGCAGAUUGCAUUGAAGCUUUGCUAAGCUGCAAGGAGACCUUUAAUUACACUGGAAGGAGGUAGGGUAAACCAAGUAACUUUCGCCUUAUAUUUCUGCCAUUAUAUCCAGCUCUCUCUUCCCCUUAUAUAUGUAUUUUUUCAAGCCUGGAAAUAUAAGCAGUGGGAAAUACUCUAGAGACAAAUAGAUUCAUCACAAAAUUUUACAUUGUAAAUGCUUUUCAUUGAAUGUCAUGUUAAACAUGCUCAACAAUUUUCCACCAGUUCUCAAGCCAUUCAUCAGAUGUAAAAUUUGACCUACUUUUAAAAUUGGGUUAAAGACAUCCAUAGUGCUCCCUCAGACAGCUCUCUUUUAAUUAACAUUAAUACAAAAAUCUGAGCUAACUCAUGCCAGUAGAAUAUGGUCUUCUGAGACCUAACAGGGUUUGCUACAAGGAAAUUCUAAAUGAUUAAUUUGAUACAACUCUGGAUUCCUUCACCUGCCGUCAAAUCCAUGACUGUUUACCUUUUACAUAAAGGAGCUGAUUAUUAAGUCUUUACCUGUUCUAACAGAUCCAAAUGCUACUAUGGAAUUAUUUAGCAUAAAUGGUUUUUAAAUGUUAGAUGGAAAACUAAAUUAAGUCAGGAAGCAAGGAUGCUAGCCUUAUUUCUUCCAUUGACUUGUUAUGUGACAAGUCACUUUUCUCAUCUUUUAAGUGUGGUAAAACAUGAAAUUCAAAGAAGUGAUGGUGAUUAAUGAUGAAAUUAAAUAGAUUCCUUCAAAAAGACUUUGGUAUACCUUACACAUUCUAUCAGAUGUUGUCAAAUAUAACAGUGGAAUAUAGAAUUGUCAACAAUGCCAUGUUCAGUUUGGAAAAGUAGUAGUAUAUCAACUGUCCAAACAAAUAUUUUAACCAGGUUAUCAGUGUAUUUUAUACAGUUCUCUUUCUGGCAGUCACAAUAUUGAUAAUGACCAAAGGAGAAAAGGAGAAACAAAGGAAUUUCCUCAUAUAGAACCCUACUUUGGGCCCAACUGAGGCCAAUCAAAAGGCAUGCUUGCUUAAAAAUAUUUUCCCCAGGACCUGCCAGGUUAUCUGGAAUAUUCACCAAGAGUUGUCAUUGAGUCUUUUAAAGUGCAAAUGUAUUAUUUGAAAAGAGAUGGAUGAUAUAUUAAUAUAUUGGCAAGCACAGUGAUACUUGGAAACUUUUCAAACUAGCUUACAAAACUAAAACAGAAGCCAACUGGUCAUGGAGAAUGAAACAGAAAAGGUCAAUUUCGACAUGAGAUCUAUUAAAGAGAAAAGGAUGACAAACAACUGGACCUUUCUGGCCAGCCAGGGAGUAGUUGUAAGAACAGAGAAGAACCACCAAAGGGGAAGAAAGAGGAUAGACAAAGCAAAAUUUUUCCUAUUUAGUUAUGCACUGUUGGUCACUAGAUCUGUUCAUGGUGAGGUUGAUAACUGCAUGGGAAUAAGUGAGCACAAAAUCAGAAUUUCCUUCUCUUGCAUGGACCAAGUACAGAGCUGAAACUAAAGCUGGGCAAUAGGGCCAUCCCAUGGUGCAGCACCCCAUGCUGCUGAAAUUGUGUGUGUUGGGGGUGGGGGAAGAACACACUGCAAAAUUAAGUUCAGUCUCAAAAUUAAGUUCAGGUUGGAACAGGGACUGUUAGAGAGGUUCUGUUCCUCUACUCUAGGUGCAGUCAUGGGUGGAGGGGCACUUUGGCCUGCCCAGGGUUGAGUGCCAGGUGGAGGUAUCAAAUCUUCCCCCACUGAGGGGAUUUUUAGAAACCUCUCGUGUUCUGCUCAGGGAAAAGGGACAUAAUUAAUAUGUCCUAUGUGUGACAUGUGGAAUGAAAGAAUGGGUCUUGAGAAUUGAAGAUAUUGGUAAAUUAGGAGGUCAGAUGUUUGAAGGGGCAUCAAUGGUAACACAUCUACCGUCUAUGACCCUUCAUGUAUUAUCUCUAUGCAGUUACAUUCUCCUAACUGAUAUACAUUUAUGCAAAUGUGUGUCCUCGGUUGAUGGAACAAAUAUUCUAUUGAGAUUAUUUCCAAUUUAUCCUGUAUAUAUCUUAUUUAUACAUAGUUUUUUUUCAUGUUAUCUCCUCCAUUAGACUGGGCUUCUUGCAAGCCAACACUGUUUUUUGCCUUUCUUUAUAUCCCCAGUAUUUAGCACAGUUUUAGGUGCUCAAUAAAUCCUUUGUGUCUUGA